AACUACUCAAGAUGGCGGCGGCGACCAGCGACGAGAAACUCUGCAUGGCAAUCAUCAACAACUCUACCAUCACAAAUAUUGAUUGGAAAGGCGUGGCGGCCGAGCUAGAGAUGGACAAGAUCAACUCGGUGCAGAAAAGAUGGCAGCGCUUCCGGAAAGCGAAAUUCGGGACGAUGACUGGUCCUGAGAAAUCCGAGAGCGGAAAUCCUGGGAAGAGUAUCAAAGGAGAGACGGGAAAGGGAAAGGAAGUCAAGAAGCGGGUAAUGCAGGAAGAAGCUGAGGGAGAGUAUGGGGGGAGGAGACGGAAGAAGAAAGUUGGGGAUGAGAAAGAGCGCGAGAUGUCCGGAUCGGGUGUGAAGGACAAGAGAGAGGAGAAGUGGAUUGUUGAUGAUGAUGGUGAUGAUGAUGAUGGUCUUGGAACGCGAGGGUAUCAGGAAGAAAAGGAUGACGAUGAAGACGCAGCUUGAGGCUCUGUGUUUUGAAAAGGAUCUCUUGAUGAAUGGACGUUAUGGUGAUUCAGGGACGACGUUCGGGUG